AGGUCCAGAACAUUCUAGGAGGUCAGUGAAAAAUGAAUCCACAGAGGGAAUACCUGAAACGUGUUACUUCAAACCUGCUAUUUUCCCUUUUGUGGCUUACAACAAAAACAGCACCCGGAGCCGGUCGCCUGGGUCACCUGCCCCUAAGUCUGGCCCUAGAUGCCCCCAUAAUAAGAACACAUCAGUCUUGUUAGAGGUCUCGCUGUCCCCCCUUUUAGCCUAAAUGCAGCUCUAAGUGCCCGUCUCCCAUGUAAUACACAGUUGUAUUGUACAGAAGCAACACCAGCCCCAGCUUGGCGGCCCCCGUGGUGUCCCUGCAUAAAUUCGCUCCAUCCUUCCCGACCGCGGCUCUGCAGCAGACGAAGCGGAGUGAUCCGGUGAACCCACCCCCGCAGGGUCUGCGGCGUCUCCGGCCCCGGCCUCCUCGCAGGGCUGUCUCCUGCAUCUCCCCGUCGCGCCGCGGAGAGCAGUGCAGCCUGCGGCGCUUUUAGCUGGCUGGGAAGGUGUGAGCAGCGCCGCUGGGGAAGAGGCGGAGGGAGGCGGGGGGAGACCGAGGGGAACAAAGCGGCGAGGCAGCUGCUGGCUGCAGAGGAGCAGGCACAGGAGACGGCUGAGGGAUGGCAGCGGCAAGGGGCUCGGGGCUGCUGGCGCUGUGCGGGGCGCUCAGUGCCUGCUGGCUGCUGUGCGCCGCGGCGGCGGAGCAGGAGGCGGCGGCCGGGGCCAGCCGGCGGCGGCGGCUGAGCCAGGAGGACGGCAUCUCCUUCGAGUACCACCGCUACCCGGAGCUGCGGGAGGCGCUGGUGGCCGUGUGGCUGCAGUGCCCCUCCAUCAGCAGGAUCUACACCGUGGGGCGAAGCUUCGAGGGCAGGGAGCUGCUGGUCAUCGAGAUUUCGGAUAACCCCGGGAGACACGAGCCUGGAGAGCCUGAAUUUAAAUAUAUUGGGAAUAUGCACGGGAAUGAAGCCGUUGGAAGGGAGCUGCUCAUUUUCUUAGCUCAGUACCUAUGUAAUGAAUACCAGAAGGGAAAUGAGACAAUUAUCAACUUGAUCCACAGCACACGCAUCCACAUCAUGCCAUCCUUUAAUCCAGACGGGUUUGAGAAGGCAGCAUCCCAGCCUGGUGAACUCAAAGACUGGUUUGUUGGUCGAAGUAAUGCUCAAGGAAUAGACCUGAACCGUAAUUUCCCUGAUCUGGAUAGAAUAGUUUACGUUAAUGAGAGAGAAGGUGGCCCAAACAAUCACCUACUGAAAAACAUGAGGAAAGCUGUGGACCAGAAUCCUAAGCUUGCUCCUGAAACUAAAAGUAUCAUCCACUGGAUUAUGGAUAUUCCCUUUGUCCUCUCAGCCAACCUUCAUGGAGGAGACCUUGUUGCAAACUAUCCAUAUGAUGAAACUCGCAGUGGUAGCACUCAUGAAUACAGCUCCUGCCCUGAUGAUGCAAUUUUUCAAAGCUUAGCUCGGGGCUAUUCAUCUUUUAACCCAGCCAUGUCUGAUCCAAACAGGCCACCAUGUCGUAAGAAUGAUGACGACAGUAGUUUUGUAGAUGGAACAACCAACGGUGGUGCUUGGUACAGUGUUCCUGGAGGAAUGCAGGACUUCAAUUACCUCAGCAGCAACUGCUUUGAAAUCACAGUGGAGCUCAGCUGUGAAAAAUUCCCAUCAGAGGAAACUCUGAAGAACUACUGGGAGGACAACAAGAACUCACUUGUCAAUUAUAUUGAGCAGAUACAUCGGGGAGUGAAAGGAUUUGUUAGAGAUCUUCAGGGAAACCCGAUUGCAAAUGCUACCAUUUCUGUGGAGGGAAUAAACCAUGACAUUACAUCAGCCAAGGAUGGUGAUUACUGGAGAUUGCUUACACCAGGAAACUAUAAACUUACAGCCUCAGCACCAGGCUAUCUAGCAAUAACUAAAAAAGUGGCUGUUCCCUUUAGCCCUGCCAUUGCGGUUGAUUUUGAGCUGGAGUCAUUGUCUGAAAGAAAAGAAGAGGAGAAAGAAGAGUUGAUGGAGUGGUGGAAGAUGAUGUCAGAAACUUUAAAUUUCUAAGUGAAGUCCUCGAAUUUGCAGCUUUUAAUCUAUUAUGUGUUGACUUAGUAUAAUGUGUUGUGGACAGACCCUAUAUUUUAGAUCUUGUGCAGUUCACUAUAUUUAACUUUGAUUUUUUUCAGUAAUCUUUUGAUUAGUACCAGCACUACUUAAAAAAACUACAAGGCUACUAACUAGACAAAUAAAAAUUAUUAAUUUUUAUUCCAUACUGUUAAAGAAAAUUUACUCUCCUACAUAUACAAUACACAAAAAAAUGAGUGAAUGUCUCAGCAGCCUAAGUGGAAAUACAAUCUUCUAUGUGUAAUUUGCAAGUCCAGAAUUUGUAGGUUAACUCUGGAUUUAAAAAUACCCAUAAUUCUUAGUCAGUUUCAGAUACUGGCAGAAAUGUCUGGCAAUGCGUAUGAGCAGAGAUGUUCUAUACUGAGUUAUAAUGAAUGUAGUUGAAAAGGUGUAUAAAAACAGUUUGGUGUUAUAAGUAAUGUUUUACAAGAAUUAAAAUCCAAUAUAAAAUUCUCUGUUUUUGGUGGUGAAAGCUAUUUAAACAAAUAAACAUCAACGUAUAGCUUCAUUUUAGUAAUGUGGAAGGAACUUGUAAAAGCAUUUUUACUGAAGAAGACCUAAUAUUAAUAACAGGGGAUAAUGUAACUUUAUCCCUUAAUCUGUUACUGAUACUCCAAGGUUGGAUUUGGGGUUUUUUGGUCACUCACUAACAAAGUUAAAAUUCUGAAUAGCAAAAGAAGGAAUGCUGCAAAGUGUGGAUUUUGUUAAGAUGCUUCUUGUGCUUGUGGGGUGUUCCAGUGAGGAAAAUGUUCAGUGUUUCAGCUGAUUAUAACUACUAGUCACCCAGUUAUGGAAGACCUCCAAAGGUUUCAGUAUGGUUUGGAUGAGCAGCCAAAAGUUCCAGUGCUCAUCCAAAGCCACCUGACUCUCUUCAAUUUACAAAAUGGGUUGGAAAUCUACUAAGGACAGGCAUUCUUUGGUCUGAGCCAGGCAGUAGUAGUGUUGUUUGAAACUCUUGUUUGUUCCACUGUUGGUCUUGUCUAAAUCUAGGUGAAAAACACAGGUGGUAAAUGUGAAAUAGAUAUACUAAAAUUUUACCAAAAUACUUUACAAGGAAAAAAUACAUUUCAGUUCUGGACAAAUUUUUGGACCUCCAAUUUAUUUUUAAUUAUCCGAAUCAGUUUGUUUCAUUAUUUAGUCCAUAAAAAAAUGAAACUUUCAGAAGUCACAGUAUAAACGUAGACACCAGAUCCUCAGCUGAUGUAAAUUGACAUGGUUACAUUGAAAUCAAUGGAACUAUGCCACUUUAUAUCAGCUAGGAUCUGACUGAAAGUUUAGAAUGUACUGCUGUGUGUCAUUUAAUUUAGGUUCAGGUGUUUGACUCUUUUUUUCCCCCAACAAGCAAUGGAACAGAAGAAAUAGAAUAUUGUACCAUCCUCUCUCAAAGAAAUCUGUAGUUUUAUUAGCUUGUAUUUUCAGUCAAUGGGGGUUGCAGGAUUCAAAAAUUAAGUCAUUAGUGCCCAUUGAAGUCAAUGUGAAAAGUUACUUCAUGUGUUUAGGAACAGACCCUAACUUGAUCUGCUCAAGAUACUAGCUUGACAAUCACAGCAAAUGGUGUCCCUGGACUUCUUGCAUUUCUUAAACAAACAUAGCUCUUUGACUUUUAAAAUAAAAUGCCCAAGAUACUGCAUGUGUUCCUACACUGAACAAGUAAUGGAAAUUAAUAACCUGAUUCCUAAUGAACCAAAAAAUGAGUCUAACAUGUAGAUCAGUGCUAUGUAAAGUAGUAGACACUGGACUACAAAUCCCAAAGGAACUCUUCUGUUAAGAGUUGUAACGAUGGAUUAAGCUGAAACUCAGUGAAUUUUGUAACUAUAUCUCAGUCAUGCCGAAGAACCUUUGUCACAAACACAAAAAAAGACAUUGAUACACAGACGUUUUGGUUAAAAAAAGGUAACUCCACCUCCCUCCCCAAUGUGUGAAAAAAAGUCAAGGAGACACAAACACGUACUACACAGUAGCUUAAAAUGUAGAGACGUUAAAUACAAAACCAUGUGUCUGUAUGAUUAUAUGUAUGGAAUUACUGAUACUGGGUUCAGAUAAGAUGGGCAAAAUAAAAAAAAUGGUAUGAAUUAAAACAAAGGAGCGCUGGCAUUUGGCAAUGGCUACAGAGUUGCUUUCAGCCUGUAAAUUAUUUAACAAGGCAAGUGUAGAUUUGUACAAAAUACAACAUAAAACAGCAUAAUGUUAGGCCAGAAGGCGCUGUUAUAUGGUGCAACUCCUAUCGUGUAGCCAAUUUUUCUGCAUAGGGAAUUCUGUGGUAUAGUGCAGAUAUUAUCAAACUGAACCUCAUAAUGUAUUUCUAAGCCUUGCUUGUAUUCCAUGCAUGCCAUUAUCUGGUCUAUUGUUUUAUGCAUUUGUAAAUGAAAUGUAAUGUCCCCUAAGCUAUCAUUGUUUUACUUCAGAUGUCUGCUUGCUAUUAGCUGUACUGAAACAGGCUAAAGUAAUUAAAUAUAACAGCACCAGAACCACUGCCACUGUUCUUACUGUAUGUAAAAAUGCUUAAGAACAGCAUAACCAGGAGUGUCAAUAAAUUGUUUAUGUAGCUUCUCUAACUGAACUGAUCUGUGCUGUAGGAUUGUGUACGUUGCAAUGGAAUAUUAAAAGUGUUACGUGAUGCAGAGUUCUUUGGUUGAAAAAGGCACAUACUGUACUAUUGUACAAUAAAUAGACAGGUCUAUUUAAAA